AUGUCUCUCCGGGCAGUAGCUCUAGCCAGCUACAGCGGAGCAGAAGUCUUCAAGCACCCCUGCUCUGAAGAGUUAAACCACAAAAGCCUAAAAGUGGCUUUCACGGAGUCGACGUAUUCUUCAAAUCCUUCAGUGAGGCUUAGCUGCCUUGCUCCCACACCUCAAAUCUCCAUUCUGUCAGAAGAGUACUCAAGGCCAGCAGUGAUUGGACAUGCUGGAAGUUUUGGAUCAUACCCAGGCAGUGCUGAAGCUAUUAAAGACAUUCUCGUAUCCGUUUUAAAUGCAUCUGGUUUGAAGCCCUCUGUGGUGCUGGAGCAGACCACGAUGCAGGGAGCUGAGCACCUGGACAGUGAUGCGGAACGGUGGGAAGAAAGCAGCGAUGGGGAUAGCCAUGAUGACAGCGAUUCUGCACAGCACACUGUUGCCUGUACACAGACAGACAUUCGGUUUACAAGGCACCGGGCGUGUUGGGACAACACCGACUUGGAUUCCUCUAAGCCUUCACCAGAUGCUUUCUUUUGUCCCCGUUACUCAGAUGGAGAUCCUGCUACUUCCUCCUUGAAUGGUUUCACUCUUUCAGACAUGUCCCCUCUGAAGCAGAACUGCUUUACCCAGGUGACGCUAACGGGAGGCACCGUCACAUCAGCUGUUGUGUGUUCUGGAAAAGAACGUUACACCUCCACCGAACAAGACUCGACUUUCACAACGUUUCUGUCUAAUUCAACUGUUGGCAGAGCAGAAGAUAUGUUGAAAUACCCUGAUGCUUUGGAGCCUGCACCCAUCAGCAACAGUGACAGCAAUUCUCCCAAUGGACUUUCCCAGUCAGAGACAGUCAACCAAACAGGUCCUACCUCUUCUUUGAACAUAAAUGCUAUACCGUUGAAUCGUUCUCUGCAGGAUAUCUGCGUGCUUCCAGAAGACGUAGAGAAGGAAAACGCACACUUUUUUAUUGCAGACAUGAUUAUAGCAUCACUAGAAAGAAUGAAAUGUAAUAUCCUAAGACAACAAGCAGAGUCCUGGGGUAUGGAGGAAACAAGUGGAUCGGAUGGCAGCUAUCACACCGAUUCAGAGUUUUCUUCUUACCCUGGAGUGAAGAAGUCUGAUUCUUCUGUGGCCUCUUCAGACAGUGGUUACGAAGGCUCUGCUCUGCUGCCUGUCAGCUCACCAGUGCAUUUACCAUCACAUCAUGAGGUCAGCAGAUUUUGUUGCCACAGUGACUCAGAGGAUGAAUAUGUAAUUAUUGAACUUGAAGACCUUGAAAAUCUGCCUGUCACCCCAGAUGAAAGAUCAGCUUUUGAAGCAGGCAGCAAUUCUGCUGAAGCAACAGCCCAGGAGUUGUGCAGAGCUUUCAGAAAACACUGGUUGCAGACAGAGCCUACAGUUCGACUGUCUGCUUGCCUGAGCUCAUCUAAGCAGAGAUCUGUGCCGAAGGAAGAUAUUCCAAGGGAGCUUGAGUCCAGUUUGAAUCUGGCUGAAGAAAUAAAGAUCAUAUCCAAGUUAAGAGGAUCUUCUGGCUGGUCUCCACCAAGAUCACAAAUUAUAUUUAAUAUUCACCCUUCAGUCAAGAGAGAUGCAGUGGUGGCUGCCCAAAACUUUACAUGUGUUGGUUGUGGAACCCCAAUAGAAAGCAAAUAUAUUAGGAGACUCCGCUAUUGUGACUACCUGGGCAAAUAUUUCUGUGCCUGCUGCCAUAGCUAUGCCCAGUCUUUCAUUCCUGCCCGAGUACUGUUGAAGUGGGACUUCAAAAAAUACUACGUAUGCAACUUCUCCAAGCACCUGCUGGAUAGCAUCUGGCAGCACCCAAUUUUCAACGUGGCAUCUAUCAACAAAGGCCUCUACACAAAAAGUAAAGAAAUGGACAGGGUGAGGGAGGUACAAGAACAGCUAUUUCACUUAAAGAAGCUAUUGCAAACCUGCAGAUUUGGUGAAAGCACACUGAAACAAUUUGAACAGGUCCCCAGCCAUCUGACAGAGGAGCUGCACCUCUUCUCGCUGGAUGAUCUGGUGAAGAUCAAACGAGGGCAGUUAUUGCCCCUUCUUAAAGAUAUCCUGAAGAGCUCCACCUCACAUGUGGAUGGUUGUGAGCUCUGUCAAGCGAAGGGGUUUAUCUGUGAAUUCUGUCAGAGUGCAGAUCUGCUCUUUCCAUAUCAGACUGCCAAAUGCAAAAGGUGCACAGAGUGCAAAACAUGCUUUCACAAAGCAUGCUUCAAGGCUGGAGGCUGCCCCAAAUGUCUGCGGCUUGCUGCUCGGAGGACGCUUGCAGAAACGCCGUCCCUGGUGCCUCUGUGA